AUGAACACUGGAACGAGCAAACAAUGUCUUCCCUGGCUAAACCACUUCUCUAAGCAUGUUCGCCCCUUGCUAUUCCUCCUCUCUUCUCUUAAACCUUCGGUGGGUAUUGCAUCAAGUUUUCUCUCACGUGGAGCCACCCCCCGUAAACGCUGGACUCCGCAAGGUGAGGCCGAGGAGGCCGAUGCUCUUCGGGCAGGCCUUGAUCCAGAAUUAGUCAGUAUUCUCUCGGAUAGGUCACGACUGGAGAGUGCUUUCCACGAGCUGCAACGCCUGAAUGCCGUUUCGGAGACGGGUAAUCAAACGUACACGUUGAACGAAGCCCUAGCGACUCGUGUCCUCGGCAGCCUUGAGCAGAAUCUACCGUUCUGGCGGGACCAGGCAUUGAUUGUUAUGUAUCGAGGAAUCCCAUGGAAGUAUUUGGAGAUGUGCAAACUUGAGGAGUCGUUUUUGCCGCACCUUCAGCACUGCCUCGAGGCGUUCCAUAGUCAUUUCGAUAGCCUACCGGUAAAUAUUAGAACAGACCUCGCCCUCAGCCUCGUAGAGGCCUCUCGAUUUCCCGGUAUGCAAUGGAAGAGGUUUAUCGUUGACCAAGCAGAAGCUGCUGCAUGCGGCUCAGACAAUUGGUACCUCAAUUCCAGGGUCGCAUGUUCGCGCAGCCUCUUGAGUAGGAUCUCUCAGAAUGAUACAGGAGGCACUGCUCUCCUUGCUUCGGAGCAAAACCAUUCACUAGGGUCAGUGGACCAGCGAGUACACGCACAGCUCGGAUUUGAAAAGAUUGAAUCUUCAUUGAAUGCAAUCCAGAAGGAGGAUCUUUCUAAAGCCAAGUCCGCGCUGCAAAGCUGGACAGCGUACGACCAGCAGUGCCUAUCUUCUCUCGAGGAAGUCGUGCUGUUCCGCCAUGCUAUACUACUGGGAAGAAUUUUACGGUAUCAAGGUGAAUUUGAGACAUCGCUAAGGUACAUCAACCAGGCUUUUGAAAUACAGGAGCGUCGCAAGGACCUCACAUUUAACGACGACCUCCGCGACCUUGCCUGCGACAGGGCUGACACCCUCCGCGAACUGGGCCUGCCUCAUCUCGCCGAGACCGAUCUCCGCGCCGCACUUGAAAUGCAACCCCCUCACCUUACCUCUUCUGGAGGUGGAUCCCUGCUUGACCUGUCGCUAGCCGAAGCUCUCUUCGCCCAGGAGCGUUUUGAUGAGGCGGAACGCCUCUGCCACGAGAUUGGGUUGCGGCCACGUCUUUUAAGGUUCGAGAAGCUACGUCUACACAUCACACUCGCGAAGAUUUACCACGUCAGGCGUGACUGGGACCGAGCUUUUACUUCUUGGAGCCAGGCAUUGGUGGCAAGUCAGGCAUUCACGAUGACCAACGGGCAUACAACCCGUAUGAUUCUCCGUUCCAUGUGCUCUGUCUUACAUGCUCUCGGGAAUAAGCGUCUUUUGGAGGAUACGCAGCAGCAGAUGAAGAUUUUGCAGGAUACGGCACGUCCAGGGGGUAUUCUAUACUGGGUUGCUGGUCUUCGAUGCUGGUUAGAUGAUUUGCUUUCGAAAGAGCACGGGCGUCUCGACUCUGAAGGGGGAGGGAUCCCACUGAACGGGUAG